UAAAUUAAUUAAAUUAAGAAGUCUGACACUGACCUACAUGAAGAAAAUGUAUUACAGAUUUAAUUUUAGAACAUAAACACCUGCCCUUGUCAGUAGCUUACCAACAUGGGUGUUGCAAAGCCCAAGCAGGGUUUGAAAAAAAAUCAAUGUUUGGGAUUGAAAAUCGUUUAAAAGUUUAGUAGUUUUAGAAUAGCUUUAGUACCUUAUGUGGUCAAAUAUGAACAAUGCACAGGGAAGUAAUGUAGUUUCCCCUGUCACUCCUUCUGUGAAAGACUUGGUGAAGGUUUUAUAUGGAGGGAAAAGAUUUGGAAAUCAUGUGGAUGAAGUUUGGCCUAACUUAUUCAUUGGCGACAUGUAAGUCUAAUUUAUUACAUCACACAAAAUGCUUUACUAUUGAUGUUUUUUGGGGGGGGCUUUUGUGCCUUUAAUGGAGAGAUAGGACAGUGGACAGAGAUGGAAAUCAGGGAGAGAGAGUGGGGAUUGACAUGCGGGAAAGGAGCCACAGGUUGGACUUGAACCCGGGGACCGCCCGCGUUGAGGACCGCAGCCUCCAUGCAUGGGACGCGCGCACUAACCACUGCGCCACCAGAGCCCCUACUAUUGAUGUUUUGAGUAAAAAAAAUUUUAUUACUUUCUUCCACAGGUCUGUAGCCAAUGAUCGUUACAGUCUAUGGAAGCUGGAAAUCACUCACAUUGUGAACGCUGCUCAUGGGAGGAUGCACUGUCAGGGGAGUCAUGACUUCUAUGGCGCCGCUGUGGAUUAUUAUGGAGUGCCUGCUGAUGACUCACCGUCCUUCGACCUCUCUCGCUAUUUCUUUCCAGCUGCUGAGUAUAUUCAGAGUGCACUUGACACAGCUGGUGCUCGUGUUUUUGUGCACUGUGCAGUCGGCGUGAGCAGGUCAGCCUCCCUCGUCCUGGCCUACCUAAUGAUCCACCAUCAUUACUCUCUUCUAGAGGCCAUCCAUAAGGUCAAAGAGCGGAGGUGGAUAUUUCCAAACACAGGAUUCCUCAAACAGCUUCGUGCAUUGGAUGUGAAGCUACGCAUGACUAAUCCUCUGCACCUCAAAGACAAAUAGAUUUUCUUAUUUACAGAAGACAAUGAAGAAUUCAGAGCCCACCAGUGGAGGCAGAUACUGUACUUUGAGUUUAAUCAGAUCGAUCUAAGAACAAUAUUGCAAUGUUUUUUUUCCCCUGACUCUGGAGGUUUGUUUCCUGUGAAUCAUAAUGCCUGUUCUCAGGAUAUUGACCCUUAUAUUAAUAAGGGAUCAGUAUUAUGAAGUCACCCUGAGGCUCAGUCCAUUCUAACGGAUGGCCAGUGUGACCGCGCCCUUAACAGUGAAAAUUAGACCAAAUCAUUUACUUAACUUUGCAUUAUGUUGAAGAAAUAUCUCUUUGUCUGUUUGUUGUGUUUUACUGUGUCAUCUUCAUUUGGUUAUCAACUCUAA